AUUAAAACAUCGCCUCAUCGGUUAAAUUUGAAUGGAGCUUUAAAAUUGUAUUCUUGGUAUUUGGUGUUUUGUUUUUGAAUUUUUUCCAAAUUCAUCAGUACAUUUAGAAAUGAUCAGAGGUUCAUACACUGUAAACUGAGGUGCAUCAAAAAUUCAAACGAUGAAGUAUCAGCGGGUUUCUGUCGAUUUUGUAAACAUGGUAUUCACCGCCGUCACCUAUGUGGCUUUGGCGGGAGCUGUUUGGGUUUUCCUACGGUUACUACAAGCCUGUUUCUCGUUACCGAAACAUUUGAAAAAACAGAAUGAUAUCCAACAAAUGUUGCAAGAUAAGGUCGACAGUUACGAAAAAUACAUCGAAGAGUGUGAAGCAAAAGAGAGAGAAGCUGCAGAGUCUGGCGAGAGUGUUGUAAAAGUGGAUGAAAAUGGUGAAGAACGAGUAGAAGUGCCCGUGAUCGAUGAGGCAAAAUGGAAAGAGCGUAGAGAGUGUUUAGAAAUGCUAAAAAAGGAACUGCGAAGAGUCAGGGACGGCGGAGACCAAUAUGAUUGGGAUUAUCUUCUUGAAGAAGAUGAGAAAGAGGACAAAGAGGACAAAGAGACGAACGAAAAAAAGGAUGAUGAAACUUUCAGCGACAUUGACGAUGGAAAGUGCAAUUCUAAGGCACAUCUCAACUUGAAACAGGAGAAGAACGAGAAGGACAUUGCGACGGAAAAACUCACUGGGGAAAAAAAGAAAGAUGAAUAGAAACGAUCCAGUUCUGAACUUUAAAUCGCACUGUUUGUCAAUUGUAUGCUACGAAGAAGUACUAAUUCUUUCGUUUUUUGUGUGCCCCGUUUUUAAUAAUCCAACUUAAUAGAAGAGUGGUGAAGUCUUCAGAACCCAUUCUGUUAAUUCUUGACCCAUCUCAUUGAUGAGUGUUUUUAGGAGAUUGAGAAGUCGGCGACCUGUCGCUGAAUUGAUCAUGCAGAUGCAUUAAUAUUGGAGUUGACUGGUUAUUAUUUCUUGUCACUUCUACCAAAUUUAUCAGGAGAUAGAAAAUUUUUCAUUAUAAAGUAUUAAGUUUGAACAUUCGAUUUUCUUUUAAUGGAAUAUACUCGAUAAAGAAUCCGAAUUCUCACUCAUGAUUAUGUUACUUUCGCAGUAACUACGAAUCGAGGGGCUGGUUACUUGGUAAAUUACUGGACCACUCGAUUGAAAAUCAAGUAAAAAAAACCCAGAAUUAGUAGUGAUUUCUAAUGACUUCUGGAAAGCAUUAGAGAGCUGUGAAAAUUAUAAAGAAAUCAGAUGAUUUCAGAAAUAAUUAGAAAUCAUCGAUGAAUGUGAACCCAAAAUUUGUUAUUCGAACUCACUCAUACGAUCCGGUCUGACACGAAUGACCUUCUUAUGCACAUGUCAUUUGGUCCAUACUAUCAUAACCAUAAGGCCCCUUCUAAACUCUUUCGGUCUCCGAACCGAAAUCUUACCUAUAUGACCCUCUUGACCGCAUUGCACAUUUCUUCAAGCAUUUCGUUCUGAAGAUUACAACCAUAUAACCCCUGUGAAUACUAUAGGUAAUUCAUAAUAUUCAAACGGACCCUUCUCCGAGCCAUUUCCCUAUGAGAUUUGUAAAAUGGUUUACAUAGGGUAAACUGCACAGUUUUUCAAUGACCCUUGCGAUAUUUGAUGUUCGCGAGGAAUGACCGUUGGAAGGUAUACCCUGUGACGUAUAACUCUCGUGACGUUUGGUCCUCGCGAGUUUAUGACUUUUGUGAUGUUUGACGUUUUCCACGUUUGAGACUAGUGAGAGAUCCGGGCCGGCGGAAGGUGUGUAUGGUGUGUAUGGUUUCCACCAUACAUUGGAAUUUGGAUGUAUGGUAUUCCAUACAUGGCUAAAAAAAAUGGUAUGGUAUGCCAUAUACAGGGAUAAAGUUUUUUUCUUUUUCGAUUUACACGUAAUUGAUGAAUUUUCAAUUUGCGGGUGAAUUGAGAAAAAAAUGGGCUGCCUCUUUCGAAUCAGUAACGCCGCCCUCUCUAUGACAUCUCCUUCCAACCCUCCCCUCCACAAUUCCAGGAUUACUGAAAUUGGGGCUAUUUACACUAGGAAUUCAGCGCCAUACCUUGCAAGGGUUAUAUCUCGCGAGGAUCAAAUAUUACGGGCGUCAUUUCUAUUAUGAGGAAGUCAAUCUAAUCUAUCUAUUACUAUCUAUUGAGCUCCAUUGAAUUUUCCAAUUAUUCAGGACUUUGCAUUAUUAUUUGGAGUCUUAAAAAGCUCCAGCCGAGCCUGAGAAGAACAAUUUUAUUUUGAAGACCCCAAAAAAGCUACCAGAAACAAUUGAAAUAGUUCUAUGAGUUAAGAAUGUUCCAUUAAAUCUUGGGAGAAGUCUCAACUUAAUCCGUAGAAACAAGAAUUAUUAAUAUCACGAUAUGAAAUGCUAACGUGAGGAAUUCAAUAAAGAUCAAUAAAUAAUUAGAUUGACCCUCGUAAAAUUCACCCGUUACGAGGUAUUAUCCUCGCGAAGUAUGAUCAUAUUACCCUUGCGAACUGCAGAAAUUACAGAUAUUGAUCGAAUUUGAAAUUCGAUUUUUCUCUGAAGAGAAAAAAAUAUAAUGCAAUAUGUAAACAGGGCCGGCGGAAGGUGUAUGGUAUAUCAUGAGCUAUGCACCGCCCACGUAUAUAUCUCCUGGCGGCCCUGUGUGGAAGAUUCUAUGGAAUAUAUUGUGGACAUAUGUAUUUUUUUAAAGCUUAAAUAUGUAUUCAUUGUUAUCUGAAUGAAGUAUCGCCCGUGAGAUUGAACUAUA